UGGAUGUAUUUGGACUGUAAAAAUAUUUAUUUUACAAAACAGAAGACCCACCCCCAAUGUGAAUAUUCAUUCAUUUUUUAUUUAUAUGUUGUUAUUUUUCGGAGAACAACGGUAUGGCUAUAUUACAAAGAAAUUUUCUUGCAUACUGGGAAUGAAUUGAGCUGAAUUAUCGACUGGCUGGACUCUCAUCUUUGGAACUUUACCUCGGAGCCUGAGACUACAAGCAACUCAUAGAACAAUGCUGUUAGCGUGGCACCGCAACUGGACGUCUAAGAUCAAGAUGAGUGUAUGUUGCAUGCACAGAAUAACACGUGCACGCUUCUGACAAUGCGUUAUUUAGUUACCCAUCAGGUCCCCCCGCCCUAAUAAUAAUAAUAAUAAUAAAAUACAAUUCCGUGUUUGGGAGAGAUCAAUUUCAGCUAUCCAGUUAAUUCCAACUGCAAAACCAAGAAAGCCAAAAUGGAGUUCGCCAUGGUAGGUGCCGAAAGCGGUGGGGGCGGCACCCACCUGCCUUACGGAUAUGCCCAGGCGCGGGCUCGGGAGCGGGAGCGCGGCAGGGAAAGACAGGCGCAGGCGAGAUCGGCGGCAGCUGCCGAAGGUGCAUCGGCUGGAGAAGGAGGAACUUCUUCCACCCAUCACCCCCACAACCACAUCCAGCAACAGCAUCAGUCUCGCACCGCCUCUUUCCCUCAUGCCAGCAACAGCGGCGCUGGUACCGCCUCGGGCCCCUCCUCCUUGCAACAGUCUCAGCAGCAAGUUCUCCGAGGAAGGAAAAAGCAACGGGGCGCAGAGUACCGGAGGAGAAACCGCCGAGCUCUCGGCGGGGAGCUGCGCCAGUCGGAGCUGGCUCUUCUCGGCUCCGAGGAGGACAUUAUGAUGGAAGACGAGGAAGCUGAAGGCGAAGAAGGAGACGAGGACGAAGGAGGAGGUGGGACGAGGAGCGGAGAGCGGCUCAGAAGCGUCCGCUGUGAUAUGGAUGAUGAAGACGAUUCGGUGUCAGUUACUGACAGGCGACCGCAGUCAAGCUACGAAAAUGUUUACAGUGAGUUCGGCUGCUGCGAGAGGGUCGUGAUCAACGUGUCUGGCUUGAAGUUUGAGACGCAGCUGAAAACUCUCACCCAGUUUCCCGACACCCUCCUAGGGGACCCGGAUAAGCGGAUCAGGUACUUUGAUCCUCUGAGAAACGAGUACUUUUUUGACAGGAACCGACCGAGCUUUGACGCCAUUCUAUACUAUUACCAGUCGGGGGGGAGGCUGAAGCGACCUGUCAAUGUCCCCUUCGAUAUAUUCUCCGAGGAGGUCAAGUUCUACGAACUGGGAGAAGAUGCCAUGCUGAAGUUUCGAGAGGAUGAGGGUUUCGUGAAGGAGGAGGAGAAGCCCUUGCCGGAGGAUGAAUUCAAACGCCAGAUCUGGCUUCUUUUUGAAUAUCCCGAAAGUUCAAGCCCCGCACGAGGAAUCGCAGUCGUGUCCGUUUUAGUCAUCGUUAUAUCUAUUGUCAUUUUCUGUUUAGAAACUUUGCCCGAGUUCAGGGAUGAAAAAGACUUCAUUGGCGCUGGGAGCAAUUUAACAAGUGCGGACAAUGGAUUCACCCCGUUCAACGACCCCUUCUUCAUUGUGGAGACUGUGUGCAUCAUCUGGUUUUCUUUCGAGAUCAUAGUUCGCUUCUUCGCCAGCCCCAGCAAAGCCGCCUUCUUUAAGAACAUCAUGAACUCCAUCGACAUAGUGUCCAUCUUGCCUUAUUUCAUUACCCUCGGCACAGAUCUUGCCCAGCAGCAGGGCAACGGGCAGCAGGCGAUGACCUUCGCCAUCCUGCGGAUUAUUCGACUCGUUAGAGUCUUUCGCAUCUUCAAGCUCUCCAGACACUCCAAGGGCUUGCAGAUCCUCGGCCAUACCCUGCGGGCCAGCAUGAGGGAGCUAGCGCUGCUCAUCUUCUUCCUCGUUAUCGGGGUCAUCCUCUUCUCCAGCGCCGUGUAUUUCGCCGAAGCCGAUGAGCCCACUUCCCAGUUCACUAGCAUCCCCGACGCUUUUUGGUGGGCGGUCGUUACAAUGACAACAGUGGGAUACGGGGACAUGAAACCAAUAACAGUCGGUGGGAAAAUAGUGGGCUCCCUGUGUGCCAUAGCCGGCGUGUUGACCAUAGCUCUGCCCGUCCCGGUCAUUGUCUCCAACUUCAAUUACUUUUAUCACAGAGAGACCGACAACGACGAUCAAACGCCAGUAGUACAAAACAUGCCUCCGUGCCCAUAUUUCCCGACAAACUUCCUCAAGAAAUUCAAGGGAUCCCCGACGGCUUCCUCCUUAGGAGAUAAAGCCGAGUAUAUGGAAAUGGAGGAAGGGGUGACCGAGUCAUUAUGUGGCGCAGAAAAACAAAGUCCGAGCAAAGGAAACGGCACAAAACUCCUUAGAAAAAUGAGCACUAACCCCAAAUCACUACAAACAGAUGUGUGACGAGAAGCACCAGACAUUAGGUCUAAUUCUAGUUUCAUAUUACGGGCUACGUCGCAUUAACUUACGCAAAGACCGUGAUGCGUUGAUUACUUUAAAUGUUACGAAGACAAACAUCACUUUUAAAAAUGUACGUGAAUAUAAUAUGUUCGCUGCAAUGAAUGAGAUUUAUGUUGUCAUGUUGAAUCCAAUGUAAAAGCAUCCCAAAAUGCUGCAAUCACCAGCUUCAAGUAGUAAGCGGGGUGGAAAAUAUUAAUGGUAGGAUCUUCUAGUGCAUAUAAGAUCUAUCAUAAGUAUCAUUAGGAAUUAAAAAUAUACAUAUAAAAAUAUAGGAAUAAUGCAAAAGCACUUUAUCAAUUUUUUCUGUCACUUUAAACGAAUUCAUGCAGAAUGGAGAA